CCGGGAGCCCGAGCGGCCGCUGCGGCCGGACCCCCACCCCGGCCAUGACGGACCCCGAGGACUGGGCUGAGCGGGGCAAGAGCCAGGCAGAGGAGGUAGAGUUGGAAACGCAGGAGGAGGCGGUGGCGGGCGAAGACGAGGUGUUGUGGGAGAAGAUCGAGAGUGUCCGGCACACGCUGACCCGGGCCCUCAACCCCGCCAAGCUCACCCCUUACCUGCGCCAGUGUCGCGUGAUCGAUGAGCAGGAUGAGGAGGAGGUGCUCUGUGCUUAUCGUUUUCCCUGCAAGAUCAACCGCACCGGCCGCCUGAUGGACAUCCUGAGGGGUCGGGGCAAGCGGGGCUGUGAGGCCUUCCUGGAGGCGCUGGAGUUCUAUUACCCAGAACAUUUCACUCUGCUGACGGGCCGUGAGCCUUCUCAACGCUGCUCCAUGAUUCUAGACGAGGAAGGCCCGGAGGGCCUGACCCAAUUCCUGAUGACCGAGGUGAAGCGGCUGAGGGUGCAGAGGAAGGGGCAGCUGCAGAAGGAGCAGCAGCUGCAGGCGCGGAGCCGGGCGUUGGAGGAGGAGGUGGCUCAUCUGGAGCGGCGGCUGCGGGAGCAGCAGCAGGUGCAGGAGAGGUGCCAGCGCCUCCGGGAGGACUGGGAGUCGGGCAGCCUGGAGCUCCUGCGGCUCAAGGACGAGAACUAUAUCAUCGCCAUGCGCCUGGCCCAGCUGAGCGAGGAGAAGAACACAGCCGUGUUGCGUAGCCGGGACCUGCAGCUGGCGGUGGACCAGCUGAAGUGCAAAGUGAGCCGGCUGGAGGAGGAAUGUUCCCUGCUGAGGAGGCACAAGGGCCCCCCGAGCCCUCCGACGGGGGCUCCCGGCCUGGAGGAGCAGGAGCAGAACGGCCCCGACCUGGUGCUGGAGCUGCAGGCUGAGAACCAGAGGCUCACGGCCUCACUGCAGGAGCUGCAGGAGGGACUGCAGAAGGAGACACUGGGCAGAAGCGGGGGGCCGGGCUCUGAGCGGAUCCUGCUGGACAUUUUGGAGCACGACUGGAAGGAGGCCCAGGACAACCGACAGGAGCUUUGUCAGAAGCUGCACACGGUGCAGGGGGAGCUGCAGUGGGCCGAAGAGCUGAGAGACAAGUACCUGCAGGAAAUGGAGGACCUGCAACUGAAACACCGGACGCUGCAGAAGGACUGUGACCUUUACAAGCACCGCAUGAACACUAUUCUGGCGCAGCUGGAGGAGAUUGAGAAGGAGCGUGACCAGGCAAUCCAGAGCCGGGACCGGACCCAGCUCCAGUACUCCCAGAGCCUGGUGGAGAAGGACCAGUACCGCAAACAGGUGCGGGGCCUGGAGGCCGAGAGGGACGAGCUGCUCACGUCGCUGACCCGCGUGGAGGGGGCCAAGAGCUUGCUGGAGGCGCAGCUGCAGCGGGCUCAGGGCGGCCUGGGCAUGAAGGCCUGCACAUCCUCCCACUCUCUCUGCUCCAACGUCAGCAGCACUUGGAGUCUCAGUGAAUGCUGCCCGUCCCUGCUGGGGGCCCCCGAGGGGCCAGGGGAGGCCACCGUCCCCGGAGGGUCCGAACAACAAACACUGGAGACCACGGUCAGCGAGAAGGAGAUCAACCGGCUCUCUAUCCUCCCCUUCCCCCCCAGCGCGGGCUCCAUACUCCGACGGCAACGGGAGGAAGACCCCGCACCUCCCAAGAGGUCCUUCAGCAGCAUGUCCGAUAUAACAGGAAGCGUUACCCUCAAGCCCUGGUCCCCUGGCCUGUCUUCGUCCUCCUCCUCGGACAGUGUGUGGCCCGGUGGGAAGCCGGACCCCCUCCUGUCCCACGGCAGUGACCUAGAGCUCUUGAACAGGUCUCUGGUCAGACAGGCGUCCGAGCUGAACCCGCCCGGUGGGCCGGAGCCCCCUAACAGAGGGCCAGACGGCCCGGCAUCUCUCCCCGGGGGCCAGUGUGGGGCCCCGCGGGGCCAGGAGCCCGAGGGGGCCCAGCAGCUGAGAGGGGAUCCCGCAAGCCAGGAGGACCCCAGCUCCCAGGAGUCAUUCCCCUUGAGGCUGCUGCAUUGGAACGAGCCCUCCGCUCUUACCCUCCUGCUUGAUUCCCAGGCCUGCCAGUCUCUCCGGGACGACGCGGAAGCAGGGAAGAAGGCGCCAGGAGGGCGCUCCUUCUACAUCCGAGCCAACCAUGCCCUCCCUGAGCAGGCCAACCCGCGGGCCCUUUGCGUCAAAGGCCAGGAGAUCCUGCGUGUGGUGGACACCUGCUACAAGGGGCGGCGGGAGUGGUACUGCUCUCGGGUCGACCCCUUGACCCUGCGGGAUCUGGACAGGGGGACGGUGCCCAACUACCAAAGAGCUCAGCAGCUCCUGGAUAUGCAGGAAAAGUGCCUGCAUUCUGGUCGCCACAGGAGCCACCGGAGUAACCUGAAGAAACGGGCCUUGGAUCAACUGCGCCUCGUGAAGCCCAAGCACCUGGGAGGCCUGGGGGAGUCUUCGGAGCCACUGCUGUCGGAGCCCUGUCCCGAGCCUGACCGGCCCCUGAAGCCGUACAGCCUGGUGCGGCCCCUGGUUGUGCCCGCCCCCCGCCCAGUGGUGCUCUCGCCGGAGUGCCUGGCCCCACGGCUCAUCCGGAACCUCCUGGACUUGCCUACGUCACGCCUGGAUUUCCACGUGUGCCCGGCCGAAAGCCUUUUUGGAGAGGAACCACCUGCCUCCUCCGCUCCGGGGGCCCCUAAAGCCCGACCGGCCCCCCAAGGCCCAGGCGGGAGGAUCCGGGCCAUCCAGGAGUCCAUCGGAAAGAACAAGCACUGUUUGCUGGAGCUGGGCACCCAGGGUGUGAGGGAGCUGGUCAGGAACGAAAUCUACCCCAUCGUCAUCCACGUCGAGGUGACGGAGAAGAACAUCCGUGGAGUCAGGAGCCUGCUGGGACGUCCGGGCUGGCGGGACUCGGAGCUGUUGAAGCAGUGCCGCAGCACGGAACACUCUCUGUGGGGCCUACCCUGUUCCUGGGCCCGCGUGGACGCCCACUCCUGGUCCCACGCCGAGGAGCUGGCCAAGGUGGUCCGAGGCCGCAUCCUGCAGGAGCAGGCCCGCGUGGUGUGGGUGGAGAGCGGCGAGAUCUGACGUGGGCCCGGCCCCAACCCUCCCACCUCCAAGCUGCUCUGAAGACGGCGGGGACCCCGUUCACUCGCUGCUUCGCCCCCCACAGAAGACCAAGGAGGGGGCCGCCUGCUCUCCCCAGAGCACCAAACCUGAUGGUGGUGGACCCAAUGCUAUUCCCAUUGGGAAUGUCUGAAUCUCCCCCAAGGGGACAGGAGUGGAAGAGGGGUGUGAGGCCCCUCCACUUUAGCCUCUCCCGCCUAGGAGCCCGAAGGAAGCAGGGAAAGCUAAGGAUAAACCUGUGAAGGGUAAAUGUGUUCUCUGUCUCUCCACUGGUCUGCUUCUCCGCCUCCCUGCCAUCUGCCCGUCUGGGCACUGUCUCCCUCCGCCCCACCCGCCCUGCAGCUCAGAUCUAGAAGGGUUCCCUCCCCUGCUCCGCUCGCAUCCCUCUCCCGCGGAGACGCCAACUCUCAUAGGAGCUUUCCCCUACGGAUGUGGAGACGGGUCCGCACGUGGUCCCUGCCGCUUCCCCCACAUGCACACUCCCCUGCAACUUCACCUCCCGGCCCCACUCCCGCACACGCUCACGCUCUCCAGUCCCCGGUGACGCCUGGCGGAGAUUGGAAGCCUUCCUUUCUCUGCAGUAACUGUAGUCUUUAUUGUGUAUAAAUUAUUAACUGGGCCUCUUUAUUGAAGAGCUG